GUACCGUGUCGCGGGGCCCACUUGCCUCCCCCAGAACCAAAAUCACCUUCUCGGGCUCGAAUUCGCAGCUUUGUCCGGCUCCCCGCCUCUAGCCCCGCCGCAAACCCUAGCCGGAAAACCCUAACCCUAGAGCGUCGCCGUCGCCGUCGCCGACGAGCCAUGGAGCCGGACGGCGACGCGGCGUUCCACCGGAACGAGGCCAUCUCCGCCGUCCAGGACGUGGACCAGUACUACGGCGACGACGACGACUUCGACGACCUCUACAACGACGUCAACGUCGGCGACGGGUUCCUCCACUCCUCCUCCUCCCAGCCGCCCCCAUCCCAGCAACUCUCACCACCGCCGCCGCCUCAGCAGCAGCUGGAGUCUCAGCCCCAGCAGCUCCCUCCUCCUCCUCAGCAGCAGCAGCAGCCGCCGCCGGCCCAGUACUCCCUGCCCCCGCCACCUCCGGCCCCGCAGGCCCCGCCUCCGCAGCAGAAGGUACACAUCCCUGGUGUGGCCGUCCCAGCUCCUAAUCAGCCUCCGGCCCAGCCUAAUCUCCCGCCUCCACCUCAGCCGCCGGCCGCCCCGGCGCCUCUGCCACCUCAGCACCACCAGAUCCAGCAACGCGGCGACGGGUUCCACCGCCCGGGAGGCAAUUAUGGUGGUGGUGCAAUCGUGGUCGGAAACGGCGGGCCUGCUGGUGGGAGUGAUGGCCCUGGUGGCACGACGCUUUUCGUGGGGGAGCUCCACUGGUGGACGACCGAUGCCGAUCUUGAGGUGGAGCUCAUCAAGUAUGGGCCGGUGAAGGAAGUGAGGUUCUUCGAUGAGAAGGCGAGCGGCAAGUCCAAGGGGUACUGCCAAGUUGACUUCUAUGAUCCUACUGCUGCCACUGCCUGCAAGGAGGCAAUGAACGGCCACCCGUUUAAUGGUCGUCCAUGCGUUGUGGCAUUCGCUUCACCGAAUUCCGUCCGUCGCAUGGGCGAGGCACAGGUUAAGAACCAGCAGUCCAUGGCUGCACAGACAUCAUCUAUGCAGCCUAAGGGUGGGAGAGGUGGUGGCGGUGGUGGAGCCCCCCAGGUUGGUGGUAAUUAUGGUGGUGGCCGUGGAGGUGGACCUGGUGGCGGUGCAGGUGGAGGUGGUGGAAAUUGGGGGAGAGGUGGUGGAGGGAUGGGGAACAGAGGCCCUGCUGGGAAUAUGAGGAAUCGGAUGGGAGGACCUGCAGGUGGCCGGGGGAUCAUGGGUAAUGGUGGCAUGGUUGCACCACCACCUCCAAUGCUACCUCCAGGGGGAAUGAUGGGGCAGGGUUUUGAUCCUACUGGUUAUGGCGCAAUGGGAAGGAUGGGUGCUGGGUUCGGUGGGUUCCCUGGUGCACCAGGGGCAGGGCCGUUCCCUGGGUUGAUGCAGCCAUUCCCACCGGUGGUUGCACCACAUGUUAAUCCUGCUUUCUUUGGAAGGGGUGGGAUGGGUGCUGGCGGAGUUGGUAUGUGGCCUGACCCCAACAUGGGUGGCUGGGGCGGGGAGGAACAAUCAAGCUACGGGGAUGAUGCAGCUUCUGAUCAGCAGUAUGGGGAGGGUGGAAACCAUGGUAAGGAGAGGGCUGAUAGGCCACCUGAUAGGGAGUGGUCUGGUGCAUCAGAGAGGAGGCGAGAGAGGGAGAAGGAUAUACCCCCUGCUCAGGAUUGGCCAGAGAGGAGGCACCGGGAUGAACGGGACAUGGGCCGAGACAGAGAUCGUGAUUAUGACAGAGAGAGGGAGAGAGAUCGUGAUAGGGAGAGAGAAAGAGACCGGGACAGAGAGAGGGAUAGAGAAAGGGAGAGGGAUAGACACAGAGAUGACAGGGACCGUUAUGGUGAUUAUCACCAGCACAGGGAACGUCAUUCAGAGCGUAAUGAAGAUUGGGACAGGGGGAGAUCUUCUGGUGUGCGCAGCAGGUCAAGGGAGGUUGAUCAUUCCAAGCGUAGGCGGAUGACACCUGAGUAGUGUGUCAUAGAGGCAAUUCCAAUCCAGGCAGCGUCUUCUUUUUGCUUAUGAGCAUGGUUCGGUAACAACUACCAACUCUUUCCUGCUUGUAGCUGUGGUGGUUCUAACUGCUUGUGUCUCUGCCGAUCUGUUAUAGCAUUAUUUGAGAUGUAAGUUGAAGCUUAUUCUGAUCCUUGCUUGUUUACAAUUGUAACUCUUCAUAUUUAAUUGUACUUGCUCUGUAGUAUGCUGGCAUUCUGUGGCAUGUAACACAUCUUUUUUGUAUUGAUUUAAUCAUGUAACAUGUCCUGUAAACUACAUUAGUUCUUUUUCCUCUGGUUUAUUCUUUUUUGAGCUACAUGCAGUACGGCAUUGUUCAAGCCAAAAGCUGUAUCAUAGGACCAUUGUUUAUCACAAUGGAAUGUAACUUUGACUGUUGUAGCAAUUAGGUCCCUUUGUAAUCAGGUUCCCCCAGCCAUUUUUUAUGCAUGAAAGGGGGGUUUGUAAAGGCUGUAUACCAAUUCUUUGUAACGGACAAUGUUUGCCCUUUGUUAGUGGAUGUAAUGGAUGCUAUGAGAAACUAAUGAUUUCAUUCAA